UCUAGUUGUAGCACAGUCCCGCGACUGUCAUCAGAGAGUAUAGGUACAUGAAAUCGCGGUAUAACUAGUGGAGCGUCGUGUUUGCACAUGCCUUUUGUUCUUUCUAUCAUCCGAGUCGAAACGAACCUGUUACAAUUUUUCCAGUAAACAAUCGUCUUCGUAAACGCGUUUUGUCGCAAACGGAAUCGGUGCGUAUUUAAUGUGCACGCGUAGUGUUUUGUUCCAAAUACAGAAAUAGACAAAAAUUAUCGACGCACAAUUGCUACAGAUCGAGAAACCAUCGAUCUCCGAAGAAGCUGUACGUCGCGAUUCGCUCUUCGAUCGAAGACCCACGAGCACCGUCGUCGAUAUCGUCGUUAUCGUCAUUGUCGUCGAUUUAAUCCCGCUAGGAGAAGAGACGUCGGAGGAAGAGGAGGUUUAUUGUGGAAGUCGGAAGGAAGGGAUCGGUGUACAUGAUCGGAGGAAGGUGAUUUGAGGAGAGAAACAGAGAUAGACAGGGCAGGCGACAAACAAUAGACCCGGUGCUCCCGAUGGGGUCGUAGUUGCACGUAUUUGUAAUAUAUCUGACGAUGAUAGGCCAGCACGGCAGGAAGAGAUCGUCGUAGGGGGAUCACCAUAGCUAAUCGUACCACCCAAGGUGGCACAGAUUGAGAGCUCUAUCAGCACACAUCCUCUCCUGGUCGAGCACGAGUACCCGUCGACGUUCACCCGCGAUCCAAGAAGUUAGAAUCCGAGGCCAAUACCAUCAUCGGCGAUCAACGGAUCAACGGAUCGGAUAUCGUCGAUCCCUUUUGAGCCUCUCGACCUCUCCUGCUCGUUCCACGCCGCCUUCCCUUCCCCAUCGGGGCGCGAGCCGCACACACAGCAGCCGCUUCCGGCUAACCGGAAGUGACGCUCUAUGCGAACGGUUGACCACCGUCUUUCGUCGGGAUACCAACACCACGCAAACGUAGGCCAGCACUCCAGACGGGCAUCAUGGAAGUCGCCACUGAACUGUCACCAUUGUCAGGGUCCGAUACACAAUGCAAGAUCACCGAACGAACUUCGUAUUACCCCCAAGAGCCGAACAAAAGGCCAAAGACCAGACAGGAGAAGAUUCGAUCAUGUUUCAGGCACAAUUCUCUGACUAUUUUGACCGUGGUCGGUGUGUUCGGAGGAGUGAUCCUUGGUAUUAUCUUGAGGAACGUGCGGAGUCAAGGAUGGACGCACCGCGAGAUCAUGUACAUCAACUAUUUAGGGGAUCUGUUUCUGAGGAUGUUGAAGAGCUUGAUCCUACCGCUGAUUAUAUCUAGCUUAGUCUCGGCUAUUGGAUCUCUCGAUUUGUCAUUGAGCGGCAAAAUAGGCAUGCGUGCUAUAGUGUAUUACAUGGUGACCACUGUUAGUGCCGUUAUAUUAGGUAUCAUUUUGGUAAUUAGUAUUCAACCGGGUGUAGGAAAUGAUCCGGAUAUUAAACCAAAAGAACGAUCUCAAAACGUUUCAACCAUCGAUACGUUGAUGGACUUACUUCGAAAUAUGUUUCCCCCGAAUCUAGUAGAAGCGUGUAUCUCUCAACAUAGGACGGAAAUGCAGAAACCGGCAAACAGCACAUCAGGUAACAUGGAUGAUUGGGAACCAGUGCAAAAGAGCGUGCCGGGAAUGAACAUCAUGGGCCUGGUUGUCUUCGCCACGGUGCUAGGUAUAACGCUAGGAAAAAUGCAAGAACAGGGCAAACCGCUGCUCAUGUUUUUCGAGUCCUUAUCCAGCGCCAUGAUGUUGAUUACUCAUUGGGUGAUUUGGUUGUCGCCCGUGGGUGUCUUCUUUCUGGUAGCCUCGAAAAUUACUGACAUGCAGUCGCUGGACGAAGUGGUUGCUCAGCUAGGAAUGUACUUCCUCACUGUCUUAAUUGGUCUCUUUAUACACGGCUUCAUAGUUCUUCCAUUGCUAUACUUUGUAAUAACAAAAAAGAACCCGUUCAGGUACAUAUCCAAUAUGGCCCAAGCAUUGGUCACUGCGUUCGGUACAUCGUCCAGUUCCGCCACGCUUCCAAUCGCUAUCAAUUGUCUGGAAGAGCGAAACAACGUGGAUCCACGAAUUACCAGAUUCGUCCUACCGAUUGGCGCUACCAUUAACAUGGAUGGUACAGCCCUGUACGAAGCCGUGGCUGCGAUUUUCAUCGCGCAAGUGCGUCAAGUUAGUCUCAGCUUUGGGCAGCUGGUAGCAGUCAGUAUUACGGCAACUGCUGCAAGUAUCGGAGCAGCUGGUAUCCCGCAGGCAGGUCUGGUGACGAUGGUGAUGGUGCUGGAUACGGUUCGACUUCCGGCUGACGAUGUUUUCCUAGUUAUCGCUGUCGAUUGGUUGUUAGAUCGUUGCAGGACGACGGUGAACGUGGUGGGCGAUUCCUUGGGAGCGGGAAUUGUGAAUUAUUUAAGCAGAAACGAGCUGGCUUCGUUGCCACACAAUACACAGACCCAGAACGGGGCGGAUCAUCAUACCACAACUUCUAUAUGAGAUGAAAAUCGUAUCGGUAUUAAUCGGUAUUAAUUGGUAUUAAUGGAGAAAAUUUGAAAAUUCUGGCAGGAACGAUGAGCGUUCGCUUUUUUCAACACUUUGCUCGUUAAAUUGCUGCACACUCCCACCGAACUUAAAAUUUUACAGGUCGAAGACGAAGUUCAGUAAGCAUAAUAAUUCUUCGAAAGCAACGAUAACGCAUAGUAGCACUUGUGUAACUACUAUACCAUAAUCCGUUUUGUUCGUAGCAAGUUCGUAGAAAUCAGUCUUCCAUUAUUCAAGAGGAGACUUCGAUGAUUCUUGUACGAUAAUGUUAGAAGAAUUAGAGCGAUAUUUUUUUAUAUUUAACCGUACAGCUGCCAGAUUCGUUCGAUUUGCGUACAAAAAAUAAUCAAAUAAUCUGAUCAUGUUUUAAUGGUCAUAUUUUCCGUUGAUUUUAUGUUAAGUUGAAAGGUCUAAUUGAAAUGGUACGAAACGACAGAGGGUUGAAGAAUCUAGAUCUGAUUUUAUCCAAGUUGGAACGUGGAAACACGCUGGGAACGUGAUUUGUUCGAUUGAUUCAUCAUGUGCCAUAUACUUUAAACUGUUAGAAAGUACAAUUGUCUAGCCUGGUGUUGUUAAGCUUCGAAAUAUUUCGAUACUUUUAAAUUUGUACGACCUCAUUUCCUGAACACCAUUUAUUUAUUCAAACGAAUUUAUCGGACAUCACGCGAAAGCGUUAUAAAAGUUAACGGUACAAUGAACAUAUUACUGCCUAAGUGUUUUCUAAUUUAUUCUAAAAGUGUUCUUCUUUAUUUUAUUACUUCUGAACUCGUUUACGGCGAAAUAUCAUUCUCUUCUCGCGAAUCAACGAAGUUGUUAUGCAAACAUUUCAUUUCAAAUUGCAUCUUUUCAUGAAUAUAACUUUCUUACAUAUGUAUACUUAGAAAAUUCGAUGGUACUUCAAAGAAAUACAGAAAUAGUGCGAGUACAGUUGAGAUAUAUCAAAUCCUAUUGUAAUAUAUGAUUAUUUUAGUCACACCGUUUGUGUUAACGAUAGCUAUAUCGUAUCAAGCUAUCACUCGCAUUUCGAUCUUUGUCUUCCAUUGUUACAUUACGACCUAUAAUCUUUUUAUCGAUUUCUAAAUUCUUAAUGAUACACCUAUAAAAUAUUUCGAAUCGAAUUCAAUUCCUUAUAGAUUUACACGCCUGUAAAAAGAUUACGGAAAGAUGCAGAAGAGAUGUUGUUUCAAACUAGUUUCAAACUAGUACUAUCUAUAGAGAGCCAGUAAGAAGAUUAUUAUGAUAUUCAAUAUACCUCACUGCACUAGACGAAAAAAGUGUUCAAUUAUUAACUAGAAAAGACAUAUUUUAUUAUCAUCUGACGUAAAAUAAUCAAAGAUGCAUUAUCACGUGUACUCUUUUGUGCAGUUACAUUGGUGCAUGCAGAGAAUGUAACUGAAUAGUCAAUUUAUAUUUGUAAUUUAUUUACAACAUUAUAUCGUAUGUGGGAAUCAUUUAAUUGACUCAAGAGACGAUUAAGUAUAUUACACUCUUUUUUCCUUUUUGCAUAUUUAACGCCAUUUUUUUAAUGACAAUUAAAAUAAGAAUGUCAACAUGAUAUUUUAUUAUAAAAUAAAUUCGUAAAUUAUUUAAAAGACCUAAUCAAUGUGGAUACGUACUAACUUUUUAAUCGUAAAAGAAAUUGUGUAUAAAGAGAAAGGAUAACCAUGAUUUAAUAAACAUUCAGGAAAAAUUGAAUUGCUCUUCAGUAUCAUUAUUUAGGAAGGAAAUCAAGUUACAAUGCAUGUUUAAUAUUAAGGUAUGAUUCAAAACUAAUAAUCGUAUUAUCGUAAUUAAUCCCGUGAAUCGAUAUACAGUUACACCUUAUAAUCAAAUUCUAUUAGCAGAAUUUAUGUACCUGUACGUAAUUAAGUAUUUGCCAUAGUUGCUUAAAAAUAUACUGUAUAAUAUUUAUUUGUACAAUAAAUGUACAAACUGACGUAACAAUAAAGUUAUUGCUUAUUUCUAAACAAAGUUUAGAAAAAAGCAUCGAAAAAAGAAAAUAUA